CGACGCUGAACAUGGCGCGUUCCUAGAAGCCGCUUUCGGCAUCAGUAGGCGGCGGCGUGUGGACUGGAAGCGUGCGGCGCGGGACGAAGCGACGCCGCUCGGUGUUGGGGAGUGGAAGCAGGAGAGCCAGGCUGUUCCGGACCGAGCCAAACGGUUUCCAUGGAUCUCAAUAGUGCCAGCACUGUUGUUCUUCAGGUCUUAACACAGGCCACUAGUCAGGAUACUGCUGUGUUAAAACCAGCUGAGGAGCAGUUGAAACAGUGGGAGACACAGCCAGGUUUCUAUUCGGUGUUGCUGAAUAUUUUCACAAACCACACUCUGGAUAUAAAUGUAAGGUGGCUCGCUGUGCUGUAUUUUAAAAAUGGAAUUGAUCGUUACUGGAGACGUGUAGCACCUCAUGCUCUCUCAGAGGAAGAGAAAUCUACGUUACGUGCAGGGUUAAUCACCAACUUCAAUGAACCAAUAAACCAGAUUGCAACUCAGAUUGCAGUGCUGAUUGCAAAAGUUGCUCGAUUGGAUUGUCCCAGACAGUGGCCUGAACUGAUUCCCACUCUUAUAGAAUCUGUGAAAGUCCAAGAUGAUCUUCGACAGCACAGAGCAUUACUUACCUUCUAUCAUGUUACCAAGACUCUGGCAUCGAAACGUUUGGCUGCUGAUAGAAAACUGUUUUAUGAUUUAGCUUCUGGAAUUUAUAAUUUUGCCUGCUCUCUGUGGAAUCAUCAUACAGAUACAUUCCUACAACAAGUUUCUUCUGGCAAUGAAGCUGCAGUUCUAAGUUCACUAGAACGAACUCUACUAUCAUUGAAAGUGCUGCGUAAGUUAACAGUUAAUGGAUUUGUGGAACCUCAUAAGAAUAUGGAGGUGAUGGGUUUUUUACAUGGAAUAUUUGACCGUCUGAAACAAUUUCUGGAAUGUAGUAGAAGUGUAGGUACAAAUAAUGUAUGUAGAGAUAGACUGGAAAAGACCAUCAUUCUUUUUACCAAAGUGCUUUUGGACUUCUUGGAUCAGCAUCCCUUUUCGUUUACUCCUCUAAUUCAGAGAUCACUGGAAUUUUCUGUAAGCUAUGUAUUUACAGAAGUUGGUGAAGGCAUUACAUUUGAACGAUUCAUUGUCCAAUGCAUGAAUCUUAUUAAGAUGAUUGUCAAAAAUUAUGCUUACAAGCCAUCCAAAAAUUUUGAAGAUAGCAGUCCUGAAACUCUUGAAGCUCAUAAGAUUAAGAUGGCAUUCUUUACAUAUCCCACUUUGACAGAAAUAUGUAGAAGAUUAGUCUCUCAUUAUUUUCUCUUAACUGAAGAAGAACUGACAAUGUGGGAAGAAGACCCAGAAGGCUUUACAGUGGAAGAAACAGGAGGAGAUUCUUGGAAAUACAGUUUGAGGCCUUGCACUGAAGUACUAUUUAUAGAUAUAUUCCAUGAAUAUAACCAGACUCUUACUCCUGUACUUCUAGAAAUGAUGCAGACACUUCAAGGGCCCACUAAUGUGGAAGAUAUGAAUGCACUAUUAAUCAAAGAUGCUGUGUAUAAUGCUGUUGGAUUAGCGGCUUAUGAGCUGUUUGACAGUGUUGAUUUUGAUCAGUGGUUUAAAAACCAACUUCUUCCAGAAUUACAAGUCAUUCACAAUAGGUAUAAGCCAUUGCGACGCAGGGUGAUUUGGCUCAUCGGUCAGUGGAUUUCUGUGAAAUUCAAGUCUGACUUAAGACCCAUGUUAUAUGAGGCAAUUUGUAACUUGCUUCAAGAUCAGGACUUAGUGGUUCGUAUUGAAACAGCUACAACUCUGAAGUUAACUGUAGAUGAUUUUGAGUUUAGAACAGAUCAGUUUCUACCGUAUUUGGAAACCAUGUUCACACUACUUUUUCAGUUACUGCAGCAAGUUACAGAAUGUGACACAAAGAUGCAUGUUUUACACGUCCUUUCUUGUGUGAUUGAAAGAGUCAACAUGCAGAUCCGACCGUAUGUAGGAUGUUUGGUACAGUAUUUGCCUCUUCUUUGGAAGCAGAGUGAAGAACACAAUAUGUUGAGAUGUGCUAUUCUUACAACACUUAUUCAUCUUGUUCAGGGAUUAGGAGCAGACAGCAAGAACCUGUACCCUUUCCUGCUCCCAGUUAUUCAACUGAGUACAGAUGUUUCCCAGCCUCCACAUGUUUAUCUUCUGGAAGAUGGUUUAGAAUUAUGGUUAGUGACUUUGGAAAACAGCCCAUGUAUUACCCCAGAGUUGCUUCGUAUAUUUCAGAAUAUGUCACCACUUCUUGAACGAAGUUCAGAAAAUCUCAGAACCUGCUUUAAGAUCAUCAAUGGUUAUAUCUUUUUAUCAUCAACAGAGUUUUUACAGACAUAUGCAGUAGGUCUAUGUCAGUCCUUCUGCGAGCUGCUAAAGGAAAUCACUACAGAAGGUCAAGUUCAAGUGCUCAAGGUUGUGGAAAACGCCCUUAAAGUGAACCCAGUAUUAGGCCCGCAAAUGUUUCAACCAAUUCUGCCCUAUGUUUUCAGAGGUAUUAUAGAAGGGGAGAGGUAUCCUGUAGUGAUGUCAACGUAUCUCGGGGUUAUGGGCCGAGUCCUGCUACAAAACACUAGUUUCUUUUCUUCGCUUCUCAAUGAGAUGGCACAUAAAUUUAAUCAGGAGAUGGACCAGCUUUUGGGAAAUAUGAUUGAAAUGUGGGUUGAUCGCAUGGACAACAUUACCCAGCCUGAAAGGAGAAAACUUUCAGCUUUGGCUUUGCUUUCUCUUCUACCAUCUGAUAAUAGUGUUAUCCAGGAUAAAUUCUGUGGGAUUAUAAACAUCUCAGUGGAGGGCCUACACGAUGUCAUGACGGAAGAUCCUGAAACAGGAACUUACAAAGACUGUAUGUUGAUGUCUCAUCUUGAAGAACCAAAAGUCACAGAAGAUGAAGAACCACCCACAGAACAGGAUAAGAGGAAAAAGAUACUGGCCCUGAAGGACCCGGUGCACACGGUGUCACUGCAGCAGUUCAUCUACGAGAAGCUCAAGGCUCAGCAGGAGCUCCUGGGAGAGCAGGGCUUCCAGUCCCUCAUGGAGACGGUGGACACAGAGAUCGUCACCCAGCUCCAGGAGUUUCUGCAGGGCUUCUGAGAGCACGUGCCCUGUGGCUGCCCCCCUUCUGAAGCAAUCCAAGGAUCUCAACCUGCCAUCUGUGUGUGAGCACCUGCCGAGACGACGAAACCCCUGCGUAUGAAAAUAAAGAAGCCAAGACAACACAUUUUUUACUACAAAAUUCAGCAAAUACAUGUAAAUCCCACAUAACUAAAUUCACAAACCUAAAUCCUCAAAAGAAUUUAAUUUUAUAUUUACGAGGGGCCCUGUGUUUACUAGAGAUAGAUUUGAUGGCACUAGCUGCUUAGUUUCCUGUUAAGAGAAGAAACUGUUUGAUUACCUUUUAAUCAUGUGCUCUUAACACUUGAGAAGAUGAAGGUUAAUCCUGAGAUGUUUUUCUGCAACCAAAAUUACUUAAAUUUGGCUGCCUUAUUCCUUUUUUAAGCUAAUGAAACUACAGGUUUGAAAAAUGACAAAGCUGUUCAGAUGAUGCAAUUAAAGAAAAUUGUACACCAGGCAAAAAUAUAUAAAUAGUGACAAAUAGACAGUUCUGGCAAAGGAGUUGCUUUCAUCUGACAUAGAAAACAUGUUUUAUCAGACGGAUGCUUUUAUUUUCAUUCUAGUAAUUUGAUACAAGAAUUAGUAAAGGGAUUUUUUUCUCGUUUCAUUUUCAGUAAUUAUACUUAGUCUUUCGAUGCACAUUGUAAGGCCUACAGAAGUGAACCUGUGGUACUGCAGUACCAGGUGGAAGACCUCUGGUGGUAUUUUGGUCCUAGUUCCUUUGUUACUCCCAAAGGCCAGGAGUCCUGUGCGCACCGAGAUGCACCGGGCCACCCUCAGACCCCCAGUGCUGUGGCGUGGCCGUGACCGGCUAUUCAGCACUUGCCCAUCUUGCGUUCCUCAGGACGGGAGGGCAUCAGCCUCACUGUGGGUGCACCCAGGAGGGCCCAGCAGUCCCCAGGGUACCAACACUGAUGUGACAAGUCUUCCAUUCUUAUUCCUCCAACGUGCAGUACCGAAAAAGGGGAAAAAGGAGAAAAUAAAGCCUUACUUUGUUUUACUUGCCAUUUAUUGUAAGGAACCUUUAAAGCAUUUUUAAGGAAAUAUUCAAAGCAAGGUUGGAAAUGUCUGAUCUUUCUAUAGAAAGUUGGGUACAGUAUGUAACUGCGGGAAACCCACUGCCCCUUUGUAAGCUGUGGAACCCAAAAUGUGUGGAAAUAUUUGAUGUUUUCAGCAAGAGAAAGAAAAUAUGGUCCAAAUUAAAUUUUCCAAAGAUACCUCA